UAUGGCCAAGGUAGAAGAGUACGACGAGUUUAGCAGUUCGGUCGACCGUAUUACCCUACUAGCCAGACUUUAUAGUAAACCGAAAGGCGAUCCUGAAGAAUGUAUCGACGACGAACAGAGGAAGACACCUUCGCCUGAGCAGGAUAAGGAGGCUAGGCAGCGCGAGAAGAGGAAAAGAUUAAAAGAAAGGUUACUAAAAUGGAGACCGAAGGAAGAAAAUAAGGGCGAAACUUGUCCAGUCUUGCCUAAUAGAAACUUGAACCAAACCACUAUAGGUUUCAAACAAAAGGAACCACAAAGGGAAGCGGUAGAUGACGGAAAUGAACUAGGUAGGAGUGUGAAAACUAGGCCUAAAACUGAACAAGGAAAACUAUCAUUAUGGUCAAAGAUGAGAGAUUUAAAGUUGGAAGAGAAAGUCAGUAUGGGUAUCUACGAUCUACCGUUAAAUAUACCGAAAUCUUUCAAGACACCGAAAAUCUAUCAAAUAGCUUUGGAGGUUCGCCGUAAAAAGGUACAGUAA